GUUCAAGCAAUUCUCCUGCCUCAGCUUCCGGAGUAGCUGGGACUACAGGCGCAUGCCACCAGGCCUGGCUAAUUUUUGUAUUUUUAGUAGAAACAGGGUUUCACCACGAUAGCCAGGAUGGUCUCGAUCUCCUGACCUCGUGAUGUGCCCGCCUCAGCCUCCCAAAAUGCUGGGAUUACAGGCGUGAGGCACAGCGCCCGGUCCCUAUUUACUUCUGUUUUCUACCUCCAGGAGAUCAAAAACGCUGGCCUUCAGACCUGAUCAGACUCCCGGGGGGGGGGGGCCCACCACAUUCAUACCCCCUAGGGUGAGGACAGAGGAUGCCUCUUUUUGCCCCAAAGCUGGAAAUUCAUCACAACCUGAGGUCCAGGAUCCGCUCUGUGCGGGUCCUCUGGGCAGUGUGGGGUGCAGAGUGGGGUGCCUAGGCCUGAGCGCUGCCCGGAGCCUAGGCCGGGGGCCGUCCUCGGGCAGGUGUGGGUGGGAGCCAAGCCCGCGUGGGCCGCGGGGUGCUGGUAGGAGUGGUUGGAGAGACUUGCGGAGGCGGCUGGGGCGUUCGGAUUUCCAAUAAAGAGACAGUGUGAUGCUCCUGUGUCUGACCGGGUUUGUGAGACACUGAGGCUGUCUUGAGCUUCACUGGCAGUGUGGGCCUUCGUAUCCGGGCUACAGGGGUGCGGCUCUGCCUGUUACUUUCGAGUGGGUUGGGCCGUGGGUAUGAGCACUUGUGUGCGCGGGGGGGCCAGGUCGUGGGUGCCCCCACCCUUCCCCCAUCCUCCCCCCUCCCCCACUCCACCCGCGUCGGUCCCCCACCCGCGCUAGUACGUGCGCCUCCGCCAGCAGCUCCUGACUCAUCGGGGGCUCCGGGUCACAUGCGCCCGCUCGGCCCUAUAGGCGCCUCCUCCGCCCGCCGCCCGGGAGCUGCAGCCGCCGCCGCCGCUGCCACUCCCGCUCUCUCCGCGCCGCCGUCGCCACCGCCACUGCCACUACCAUUGGCUGAGUCUGCAGUCCAGAGAUCCCAGCCAUCAUGUCCAUAGAGAAGAUCUGGGCCCGUGAGAUCCUGGACUCCCGCGGGAACCCCACAGUGGAGGUGGAUCUCUAUACUGCCAAAGGUCUUUUCAGGGCUGCAGUGCCCAGUGGAGCCUCUACCGGCAUCUAUGAGGCCCUGGAGCUCAGAGAUGGAGACAAACAGCGUUACUUAGGCAAAGGUGUCCUGAAGGCAGUGGACCACAUCAACUCCACCAUCGCGCCAGUCCUCAUCAGCUCAGGUCUCUCUGUGGUGGAGCAAGAGAAACUGGACAACCUGAUGCUGGAGUUGGAUGGGACUGAGAACAAAUCCAAGUUUGGGGCCAAUGCCAUCCUGGGUGUGUCUCUGGCUGUGUGUAAGGCAGGGGCAGCUGAGCGGGAACUGCCCCUAUAUCGCCACAUUGCUCAGCUGGCUGGGAACUCAGACCUCAUCUUGCCUGUGCCGGCCUUCAACGUGAUCAAUGGUGGCUCUCAUGCUGGGAACAAGCUGGCCAUGCAGGAGUUCAUGAUCCUCCCAGUGGGAGCUGAGAGCUUUCGGGAUGCCAUGCGACUGGGUGCAGAGGUCUACCAUACACUCAAGGGAGUCAUCAAGGACAAAUAUGGCAAGGAUGCCACCAAUGUGGGGGAUGAAGGUGGCUUUGCCCCCAAUAUCCUGGAGAACAGUGAAGCCUUGGAGCUGGUGAAGGAAGCCAUCGACAAGGCUGGCUAUACAGAAAAGAUCGUCAUUGGCAUGGAUGUUGCUGCCUCAGAGUUCCAUCGUGAUGGCAAAUACGACUUGGACUUCAAGUCUCCCGCUGAUCCUUCCCGAUACAUCACUGGGGACCAGCUGGGGACACUCUACCAGGACUUUGUCAGGGACUAUCCUGUGGUCUCCAUUGAGGACCCGUUUGACCAGGAUGACUGGGCUGCCUGGUCCAAGUUCACAGCCAAUGUAGGGAUCCAGAUUGUGGGUGAUGACCUGACAGUGACCAACCCAAAACGUAUUGAGCGGGCAGUGGAAGAAAAGGCCUGCAACUGUCUGCUGCUCAAGGUCAACCAGAUCGGCUCGGUCACUGAAGCCAUCCAAGCGUGCAAGCUGGCCCAGGAGAAUGGCUGGGGGGUCAUGGUGAGUCAUCGCUCAGGAGAAACAGAGGACACAUUCAUUGCUGACCUGGUGGUGGGGCUGUGCACAGGCCAGAUCAAGACUGGUGCCCCGUGCCGUUCUGAACGUCUGGCUAAGUACAACCAGCUCAUGAGAAUUGAGGAAGAGCUGGGGGAUGAAGCUCGAUUUGCCGGACAUAACUUCCGUAAUCCCAGUGUGCUGUGAUUCCUCUGCUUGCCUGGAGACGUGGAACCUCUGUCUCAUCCUCCUGGAACCUUGCUGUCCUGAUCUGUGAUAGUUCACCCUCUGAGAUCCCCUGAGUCCCAGGGUUUCCAGAACUUCCCUGAUUGACCUGCUCCGGCUGCUCCUUGGCUUACCUGAGCUCUUGCUGUCUCUCCUCACCCUCCUUUCUGGGCCCUACUCACUGGGGGUCCGCACUUUCCACUUCUUCCUUUCUCUUUCUCUCUUCCCUCAAAAACUAGAAAUGUGAAUGAGGAUUAUUAUAAAAGGGGGUCUGUGGAAGAAUGAUCAGCGUCUGUGACGGGAGUGUCAGGGUGGGUGUGCUGAGGUGUUAGAGAGGGACCAUGUGUCACUUGUGCUUUGCUUUUGUCCCCUGCGUUUUCCACUUUGCAUAUGAGCCAUGAACUGUGCAUAGUGCUGGGGUGGAGGGGAGUGCUGGGCGUGUGAUCAUGCCUGGCUAAUAAGGCUUUAGUGUAUUUAUUUAUUUAUUUAUUUAAUUUUAUUUGCUUUUCAUUCAUCCCAUUAAUCAUUUCCCCAUAACUCAAUGGCCUAAAACUGGCCUGACUUGAGGGAACGAUGUGUCUGUAUUUCAUGUGGCUGUAGAUCCCAAGAUGACUGGGGUCUUGCUAGAUGACUGGGGUCUUGCAAGAUGCCUGGGGUCUUGCAAGAUGACUGGGGUCUUGCAAGAUGACUGGGGUCUUGCUAGAUGACUGGGGUCUUGCUAGAAUGGGAAGGGUCAUAGAAAGGGCCUUGACAUCAGUUCCUUUGUGUGUAGUCACUGAAGCCUGCGUUGGUCCAGAGCGGAGGCUGUGUGCCUGGGGGAGUUUUCCUCUAUACAUCUCUCCCCAACCCUAGGUUCCCUGUUCUUCCUCCAGCUGCACCAGAGCAACCUCUCACUCCCCAUGCCAUGUUCCACGGUUGCCACCACCUCUGUGGCACUGAAAUGAGCACCACCAUUAAAGUCUGAAUCAGUGUA